AUGGAUUCCGCUCGUGCAGCAUCAGAACCCGGCGACUCCGCCGAAAGCCCCCGUCCUACCUCCACGUCGGGGCCCGACGAUGCCGAGUCUGGUGGCCUGGCCAUCCUGCCGCCCUGGGUCACCGUUUUCAUCCUCAUCGGUGCUUUGGGUUGCCUCGUUCUUAUUUUUUCCGUAGUGUCCCUCCUGGUCCCCCGAAUCACAUCGCGCCCUCCUCCUUCUGGCCGUCGCUCGUCAUCUAUAGCCGACCCAGAAGCGGCCCGCGAGCGCGAUGAAAUCAUCGCCCGGAAAAUGCGGCAGCUCGACGAGUCGACGCCAGCGAGGUCGUAUAAAGAGUGGAAAUCAGAAGCACGAGACGAGACGAAGGCAGCACGUCAAUACGGCACAUUUAUUGUUUGCGUCAUCUGUCUCGAAAGCCUCCAGGACAAGGACAUGAUACGAAACCUCCCUUGCGGACACAUCUACCACUCGGACUGCAUCGCAAAAUGGUUCCUGAAGCAACACGACACUUGCCCCCUUUGCAAGACCUACUACGUACCUCAUGACGAGUCGGACUCGCGAUCCGGGAGCCGACGGGGGUUAUACGAGCAGGCUGCCCUAUUCCGAAUCUAUCAGACGCCUCGUGCUUUCAUUGCGCUGCCAGUUGAUUGA